AAAUGUCAAAGAUUUCAGAAAUAACCACUACAGUCCAAUCAAAGGAGAUUAUUCAAACCCAACAUUCCGGAGAAUUGCAGAAUAUCCAGGCUGCAUAUAGGCUGGAUGGAAAAAAUUAUCUGAAAUGGUCCCAACUUGUUCGCACCGUGUUGAAAGGGAAAGGGAAGAUCAACCAUCUCAUGGGUACAGGGCCGAAACUAGGAGAUCCUCAUUUUGAAGCAUGGGAUGAAGAAGACUCCAUGAUUAUGGCAUGGUUGUGGAAUUCUAUGAUUCCUGAAAUCAGUGACACAUGCAUGUUCCUAGCUACUGCCAAGGACAUUUGGGAUGCAAUCCAACAGACGUACUCUAAGGCGAGAGUUGCGGCCCAAGUAUACGAGGUCAAGGUGAAAACUGUUGCUGCUAAACAGGGAGAUAAAACUGUUACUGAGUAUGCUAAUCAAUUGAAAUCUUUAUGGCAAGAACUUGAUCAUUACAGGGUAAUAAAGACCAAGUGUCCCGAAGAUGCUGCUAUUCUCAAGGAUUUCAUAGAACAAGAUCGAGUCUAUGAUUUUCUUGUUGGACUCAAUCCAGAAUUUGACCAAGUGCGAAUCCAGAUUCUUGGCAAGCAAGAAGUUCCGUGCUUUAAUGAAGUGGUGGCAUUAAUUCGAGGAGAGGAAAGCAGAAGAUGCCUGAUGCUUAAUCCACAGAACACGGACAGCUUGGCUAUGGUGGCUGGCAGUGGUAACAAUUCAGCCACAAAUAUGGAAAGAGUACUAGUUUCUGGCAAUGGAAGAUCUAGUCAACCAAAGACUCAAAAUCGUGACUACAAGGACAACUUAUGGUGCACUUAUUGUAAGAAGGCACGCCAUACGCGUGAGCGGUGCUGGACACUACAUGGAAAACCACCAAGUCGAGAGUGGGGACAGAAGGGAGAACAACCAAGUAAUAAUGGUCAGGCCCAUGUUACAACAGUACAACAGAAUGGAGCAACACCGCAAGAGAUAGGCAAUCUUAAUCAAGAAGAAGUUGAGAGGGUGAGGUCUCUUAUUUGCAACCUUGACAAACCAGCAGGUACUGGUUCAUUGGCGUAUUCAGGACGAGGAUUUGGGGAGGAUGAUUGGACAUGCUAGAGAACGGGAUGGACUCUACUAUCUCAAAGCACCAAGUCAAUCAAACAUUACCAAAGGCAAAUCAUCUCAUUCUUUUGUCUCAGAAGUUUUUUCAUUCAAUAAAGAAAAAGUUUGGCUUCAUCAUCGCCGACUUGGACAUCCA